AUGUUACACGCAUCGUGCCUGGAUGCCGUGGACGAAGGAGUCGAGUCUGUCCGUGAGGGCGAUGCAGCAGACGAUAUCCCUGCCCUUUAUUUCAUGUGCUUCUGCUGUGGUGUAGCUGCUGGAGCUGCUCUUCUAAGUGGAGUGGAAAUGACAUCUGCGUACAAAGGAACCAGUUUCACAGCAGUGGCCGGCGUUACGGGGGUUAGAGAGUUUUUUGCCAGUGUCACUUGGAGAAUAUCGAUCAGCUUUUCUGGCCGCAGUGGAACAGGUACAAGUGCGACUGCGAGUGGUAGAUACAAAUGCACUGAACUGCAAAAAUAG